UAGUAACUAGGAUUAACGUUUAUUUCUAAAACUCGAUAUAUUUUGCUAUAUUCGAUAUUUGUGAAAAGAUUCACAGUACAAAGAUGUCUCUGGUCAAUAUUGUGCAGAUGAUUGAGAAAAAAAAGCAAAUUGGAACACCUCAAUCAUACUGGGGAAGUAAAGACAAUCGUCAGAACGAGGUUGAGAAGUCGCUCGUAUUUAACAACUGUCUCACUAAAGCUGCAUUAGAAGUUUCACACGAGAAAGUAAAACAUUUGAAAACUGACCCAGAGGAUAAAAAUGAUUCUGUUGUUCGAAAGCAUGAUGACAUUUCAUCGAAAGAUCUUCAAGAGGAUAUGGACAUUAAUUCAAAUAAAGAUGAAUCCGAUGACGAAACUGAUGACACAGAUUACUUUGAUAGUGAGGAUGAAUAUUGGAGCAACCUUGGAAACAAAAAUAUAGAUGAUAACCCAACUAUAUGUCCAUACUGUAUUUCGUAUCACCUCCCUCGAAGUGUCAAUGAGACUAAAGGAUGUUACUAUGAAGAGGUAUACGAUCUGUCUCCAUGGUGUACACCAGCAAUAUUAAAGUUUGCAAAAGACAACGAUUUCGAAAUCAAGGACGUUUAUGGCGAUGGAAACUGUCUAUUUCGUGCUGUAGCAGAUCAAUUUAUGAUCAACGGGUGUCCUGGGCAUACCGAAGUGUCAUUACGUGAAACUGCUAUUGAACACCUAGAGAACAGUCCGUCAAAAUAUGGAGUUCACGUUUCGUCCUUUUUAUCAGGAGAAACAUGGGAAGAUUAUCUCAAAAGAAUGAAAAAGCCAGGAGAAUGGGGCGAUCAUAUUAUUCUUCAAGCUUUGGCUGACGUAUUUUUACUGCACAUUUCUGUCUAUAGUUUUAUAAAGGAAGACAUUAGACGAACCGAUAUUACCACUGAACAAAUCCUUCCUGUGACGUCAAGAUUCUGUAUUGCACUAGGGCAUAAUCUCAGAUAUUUAGAAUGUUAGUGACGAAUACGGAACAAAACCUUGGAGAAAGAACAAAACAUAUGGACAGAAAGUUUACAAUUAUGACGCAAGGCAAUUUCCCGGAAUCUCAUUUGGCC